GUGCGCCCUCGAAUGCCUGACGAGGGGCACACGGCCCCCUCGACGCUGGCUGCGCCACUCCGGCCGAGCGAAUGUGACCGCCGCGGCAGGACUGGCGGGCGGCUACCCGUCUUGGUAUUUUUGGAGUCCGAGCGGCUGAGGCGCGAGAACGAACGGCCAGCAGCUCGCUCACGCACGCUCGCUCCCGCCGAGCCCCGCGGUUCGGUGAAAAGACCUUCCGGCGACGACACGAUGGCUUACGGAAAGUGAAAGCGGCGGCUGGAGCGGGCCGCCCCGCGACAGACAAGGACGAUGGAGAGGAACGGCGAAGGCGCCCGUCCCCUGCGAGGUCAAGACGAGGAGGCCAUCGUGGACCUUGGCAAAACCAGCUCUAACAUCAGCACCAACUUUGAGAAGGAAGAACUCGAAAGUCACAGGGCCGUCUACAUUGGCGUCCACGUCCCCCUGGGCAAACAGAGCCGACGGAGGCACCGGCACAGAGGCCAUCGACACCACCGGAAGCGGAGAGACCGAGGAAGUGACCGGGAGGAUGGCAGGGAGUCUCCAUCCUAUGACACACCAUCUCAGCGGGUGCAGUUCAUCCUGGGCACCGAGGAUGACGAUGAGGAGCACAUUCCGCAUGACCUCUUCACAGAAAUGGACGAGCUGGCCUUCCGAGAUGGACACGUCUACGAGUGGAAGGAGACGGCCAGGUGGCUGAAAUUCGAAGAGGACGUCGAGGACGGCGGAGAGCGGUGGAGCAAACCCUACGUGGCCACGCUGUCCCUGCACAGCCUCUUCGAGCUGCGGAGCUGCAUACUCAACGGGACGGUCAUGCUGGACAUGAGGGCCAACAGCAUCGAGGAGAUCGCAGACAUGAUUAUCGACAACAUGGUGGCCUCGCAGCAACUGGACGAGACCCUCCGGGAGAAGGUGCGGGAGGCCAUGCUCAAGCGGCACCACCAUCAGAACGAGAAGAAGCUCAGCAACCGCAUCCCCCUGGUGCGCUCGUUCGCCGACAUAGGCAAGAAACAUUCUGACCCCCAUUUGCUCGACAGAAACGGGGACGGCCUGUCCGCCUCGCGCCUGUCACUCCUGAGGCCGAGCCUCUCCUCCUCCAGCCUGUCCCUGCGGGGCGACUCGCGCCUCUCCCUCUUCUUUAAUACCCUCCUGUCGAGCUCCAGAGCGGGAAGCCCAGCGGUGUCGAGGUCGGCCACUCCGCAGCCCUCUCCUGCCAACACGCCGCCCGCCAGUCCGGGCCUCGGCCACGUGGCGGACGGCGGGCGGCGCCGACCCGCGCCUCGGCUGCUGGUGACGUGCGGUGACAUCCCCGAAGUUGUGGUUCAUCCGCCCGAGGAGGACCUGGAGGCCGCCGAGGAUGACCAAGUGGACCGCCAGGCACCGCUGCCCCAACCAGGGCUUCUGACGUCCCCCCAGUCGUCCCCUGGAAUUCUUGAAAAUGUUACGAGAGGAUGUGACAGCAAGGCCAGCGGCUUGGGAGGUGGCAGCCGAGAAAACAGCACGGUGGACUUCAGCAGGGUGGACAUGAACUUCAUGAAGAAGAUCCCCCCGGGGGCCGAAGCCUCAAACGUUCUCAUCGGCGAGGUGGACUUCCUGGAGCGGCCCAUCAUAGCAUUUGUGCGCCUCUCUCCUGCGGUCCUCCUUAGUGGCAUUACAGAGGUGCCAGUGCCAACCAGGUUUCUGUUUCUGUUGCUGGGUCCAUUUGGUAAGGGGCAGCAGUACCACGAAAUUGGCAGAUCCAUCGCCACUCUGAUGACAGAUGAGAUUUUCCACGACGUGGCAUACAAAGCCAGAGACCGGAAUGACCUGCUGUCGGGAAUCGACGAGUUCUUGGAUCAGGUGACAGUCCUUCCUCCUGGUGAAUGGGACCCCACGAUACGAAUUGAGCCCCCCAAAAGCGUCCCUUCGCAGGAGAAGAGGAAGAUGCCCGCCUUGCCCAAUGGCUCGGCCCCCGCCACGGACAUCAUAAAAGACGAUGACCAUCAUGCUGGGCCGGAGUUGCAGAGAACGGGGCGGCUUUUCGGCGGGCUGAUCCUGGAUGUGCGGCGCAAGGCGCCCUUCUUCUGGAGUGACCUGAGGGAUGCCCUGAGCCUGCAGUGCCUCGCCUCCAUCCUCUUCCUCUACUGCGCCUGCAUGUCCCCUGUCAUCACCUUCGGGGGGCUCCUGGGAGAGGCCACCAAGGGCAACAUAAGUGCCAUCGAAUCUCUGUUUGGAGCCUCGCUGACCGGAAUGGCCUACUCGGUGUUUGCUGGGCAGCCGCUGACGAUUUUGGGCAGCACCGGCCCGGUCCUGGUUUUUGAGAAGAUUUUAUUUAAGUUUUGCAGCGACUACGGCCUCUGCUACCUGUCUCUGCGCACCAGCAUCGGCCUGUGGACGGCGUUCCUCUGCCUCCUGCUGGUCGCCACCGAUGCCAGCAGCCUGGUGUGCUACAUCACCAGGUUCACGGAGGAAGCCUUCGCUGCCCUCAUCUGCAUCAUCUUCAUCUACGAGGCGCUGGAGAAGCUCUUCGACCUGGGGGAGCAGUACCCCGUCAACAUGCACAACGACCUGGAGAACCUGACCACGUACACGUGCCACUGUGCCAAACCUGAAAAUGUCAGCAUGGAGACCCUGCAGCAUUGGAACGCAACAAAUGUCACAGCUGACGAGAUGCCUUGGAGCGAGCUGAAUGUUUCGGCUUGCCACCAGCUCCACGGGGUGUUUGUGGGACCCGCCUGUGGAGAGCACGGCCCCUACAUCCCCGACGUCCUCUUCUGGUCGGUCAUCUUGUUCUUCACCACCUUCUUCCUCUCUUCCUUCCUGAAGAAGUUCAAGACCAAGCGCUACUUUCCCACUAAGGUCCGCUCCACAAUCAGUGACUUCGCCGUCUUCCUGACCAUCAUGGUCAUGGUGCUGGUGGACUACCUCCUUGGCGUCCCGUCCCCAAAGCUGCGCGUGCCCGAUCGCUUUGAGCCCACGUCGAAGCACCGAGGCUGGCUGAUUGACCCCCUGGGCCCAAACCCCUGGUGGACGCUGCUGGCGGCGGCCAUCCCUGCCCUGCUUUGCACCAUCCUGAUAUUCAUGGAUCAGCAGAUCACCGCCGUCAUCAUCAACAGGAAGGAGCACAAGCUGAAGAAGGGCUGUGGUUAUCAUCUGGACCUGCUGAUGGUCAGUCUGAUGCUUGGCAUCUGCUCGGUCAUGGGCCUGCCCUGGUUUGUGGCCGCCACCGUCCUCUCCAUCUCUCACGUUAACAGCCUGAAGGUGGAGUCCGAGUGCUCGGCCCCCGGGGAGCAGCCCAAGUUCCUUGGCAUCCGGGAGCAGCGGGUCACGGGCCUGCUGAUCUUUGUCCUGAUGGGGCUGUCGGUGUUCAUGACCUCCGUUCUGAAGUUUAUUCCGAUGCCAGUCUUGUAUGGCGUCUUCCUCUACAUGGGCGUCUCCUCCCUAAAGGGUAUUCAGGUACGUCAAGUCACAUGUGCUGGAUCGAAAGGUCCCUUCUGUGCCAGCUCGUCUGAACCUGUUCUCGUCCUCCUGCAGUUCUUUGAUCGGAUCAAGUUAUUCGGAAUGCCCGCCAAGCACCAGCCUGACCUGAUCUAUCUGAGAUACGUGCCACUGUGGAAGGUCCACGUCUUCACCGUGGUGCAGCUCACCUGCCUCGUCCUCCUCUGGGUCAUCAAGGCGUCCGCUGCCGCUGUGGUCUUCCCCAUGAUGGUCCUGGCCUUGGUGUUUGUCCGCAAGCUGCUGGAUUUCUUCUUCACCAAGAGGGAGCUGAGCUGGCUGGACGACUUGAUGCCCGAAAGCAAAAAGAAGAAGGAGGACGACAAGAAGAAGAAGAAGGAGAAGGAGGCAGCUGCACUCCUGUUUGACGCCGAUGACGGGGACACCGUGCAGAUUCCAUAUGACGGUGCCAGCCUACUGAAGAUCCCCGUGCAGAGCCUCAAGUGCAGCUCUGACCCCUCAGUGGUCAACAUAUCCGAUGAAAUGGCCAAAACGACGAUGUGGAAAGCUGUUUCGAUGAGUGCCGACGGUGCCAAAGUAACGAGAACUAAUUCAAGCCCUGAAAAAACGGCCUGCAUCAAAAUCCACGUCGAAGACCCCCAAGGAGCCACCUGCCUGGACACCGAGACGUCCUUGUGAACCGCAGCCUGGGGACGUCCCCACUUGGGCCCGUGGGGGGUCUUUGUCAUCCCAAAAUGCCAGCAGGGGGUCAGGAAGUCGGGCCAUGUGGGCCCUGAAGGUGAUGGACCAGCCCAGCCAUGGUGUCACCCCUUCCUAAUUUAGGGGUGCUCUUGGUGCCCUCGUGCCAGUCUACCCAGUCUCUUGGGCCCACUGAAUGCCCCCAGUUUCCUCCCGUUAGUUUCGUAUUUUUCUAAAUCUCAAGGCAGCGGAUGCUGGUCUUCCAAAGUCCUCCACUGAGUCGGCCGCUUUGAUUGCCCACACGUCUUUUAUUUUCUACUGUGUUCUUGUGUGUGCGCCAGUCAUCUAUGGCAUGGGUGGGCCUCAAUGCCCACUUGCCAUAUUUUAAACGUAGCCUGUGGCCUUUCAGUGACCAUGGUCCAGGUCUGGUCAGUAUGAAGGUGUAAGUGCGGGCACACGGCCACCCUGAAGCUGCCCCUUGGUGUUGUGCCCGUGCUGAUGCCAGUGUUUGCUGACAGGACGCCUUUUAAUUAAUUUAUUUAUUUAAUGUGUGCUUCUGAUGAUCGUUCUUUAGCUCGGCCGGCCGCGGCUCCUUUAGCUUUGCCAACAGCAGUACCAGGGCAGGCUGGGUGGUCGUCCUCGACACGGGUACCAGCCACUGACAGGUGGCCCAUGUUUCCUCGUCCUCUGUGAUUGUGUGCCCAUAGGCAGGUGCCAAGAGCAAUAAGGGCCUCGGGAUGUGAGAGUGGGCACCACGUGCCAUGCCUGCUCAGUUGACGAGUAUGGUGGCCUGUGACAGACACAAGGGUGGCACCUGCCCUGGCUGAUGCCCAGUAUUGGCUGCUCACGUCGUCUUGCUGUUUUAUUUCCCGAGUACGCCUGGAGAUAUGUCGAUGGCACCGAAGCCGCCAGCUUGGACUUUGCCAGGCACUUGCCAGGUGACUCAAGUUGUUGUCUUCUUAUUUUUUUCUUUUGUGUUGUGUCCAAACUGUGCCCUCGCCGUGCCGCUCCAUUUUGCUGCUUUUCGUCUGUGUGUCCAGCCGCCGGUCACAGCUGUCCAGUCUCCUGAAUGUCCAAUCAAAGCAAACUCGCCAGCUUUGGGUGUUUGUCACAGAGCAGAAAUGAAAUAUUUUUGGUAAAUUUAAAUAAGUCGGUAAGAAAGCAAUAAAAUCUUGUUCUGUUGU